AUGGGUAAGAGCGAUCAUUGUGCAAUUUUUGGUUGUAACAACGAUCGUCGAUACAAAGAAAAGUAUGUUUUGAAAGAUCAUAUUUAUAAGACUUUUAGUUUCAGCGAAUUAAAAUUUUUUACUUGUAAAGAGAGUUAUUUUUUGACAUGGAGUAAAAUUAUUAACAGAGAAAUAGUCGAUCCUUUAACAAAAAAAAGAAAGCUAUAUGCUGUAAAUAAGAAUACAAAAGUAUGUGCAAAUCAUUUUGAGUAUGGGAAGCCAACUGAGCUAUCCCCUCAUCCAAAGUUAUAUUUGAAAGGAUACAAAAUAUCUCCUCCUCAAAAUAAAAGAAAAUUACCAAUUCCUCGAUAUACACCUACUAAAGUUUCUAAAAAACAUAAAAAUACACAUUUUUCAAGUACCUGUACCACUACUAGUAGCAGUAACAAUAAUGACAAUAUUCUCCAACAGUCUUCUCUGUCAAUAUCUCCUCCAUGUCUAUCAUCAACAGCAUCUAAUCAGCAACUUUCUCCACAACAAAUCGAUUUAAUUACUAACACACCAGCAACUUAUCUAACACCAACAACACUUUAUAAACAAAGUAGUCAUAAAAGAUUAACAUGGGAGGCAGUGCGUUCUUUACCCAAAGUCAUAAAAUUGUUCUCUGGGUGUCCCACUGAAAAUGUUUUUUUAUAUAUUGUUAGUCGUGUUCAAGCUAAACAUAAAAAAGUGUCUUAUUUUAUGGAUUAUAAACGUUCAUUUGAACCAAAGCAAUAUCAGUUUAGUCCUGCUAGUAAACCUUCAAGUACAGGGAAACCUGGUCCAGCACGACAGCUUUUUGUUGAAGAUGAAGUGUUACUUAUUUUAAUGCCCCGAGAAAUUGAACCAUUAAUUUAUUGGCCUGCUCCAGAAGAAACAUUAAGUUUUACACAUCCUCAUUUUAUUGGAGAUUUCGUUUAUGUUGAAGGUAUUGGUGACCGUACUGAACAAACUAUUCAAAAAUCUGCUAAUGCUAAAGCUCAAUAUCAAACAUAUAGUUCUUAUAAAAGUAGAAACACAUUAAAAAAACUUAUAUUUUGUACUAAAGGCGGUUCUAUCUCUUUUGUUUCUAAAGGUUACUCUGGAUCUUCCUCAGAUCGUUUUAUCACUGAAGAUUGCAAUGUUGCAAAAAGAUUCACUCCUGGUUUUAUUGCACUUUUUGAUAAAGGUUUCAAUGUUCAAGAUUUAUUUCUAUCAAGGCAGGUAAAAGCUGUAACUCCACCAUUUUUACGUAGUAAGCGACAGUUUACACCCUCUGAAGUGUAUCAUUGCAAGCGCAUAGCACGUGCAAGAAUACACAUUGAACGUGUCAUUGGAAGGCUGAAAGAAUUUCGACUUCUAAAGAACACUCUGCCUAUCACAUUAGUCCCUCUAAUCGAUGAUAUAUGGAUAAUUGCUGCUGCCAUUGUUAACCUGCAACCACCUCUUGUAAAUGCAACAGCAGUAUAA